GUUAGGGUUAGGGCUAUCGAUUAGCACUACGGUAGCCUAACUCGACAAAGUAGCUCAACUCGACAGAACACCGGCAUUCUGCUGCCACCUUACAAAAAGCCACUUCCACAGUCUUUUGACGGAUACAUGUGCAUCUUCCUAUAAGUUACUAGACAGUCUAUGCGGACCGGCUUCCGGAACAGACGGGUCUUUAACUACAGUCGAGCCUUCUCAAUCGCGAUUUCCAUUUGUCGCGAAAAUUAAAUGGAAACUUUUUACGAGUUUUGCGGAACCCGCAGACAAGACAAAAUACUCAUAGGCUACAUGCAAAAAAUAACCUAUAUGUACGGUGCUGGUUUGUUUACGGCAGCUUGUCAAGUGAUAUAGCCAUCGCAGUGAUCUUUGAAUUUCAUUUCUAGUGUCUUUUCGCUUCGCUCCGAUCUCACAAAGGGAUAUUUUAUCUGAGAGUCGUCUUAAUCAGACUAAUUAGCGAUAUUUCUUAUUUAUUUAUUUAUUUCCAGUGUGAUCCGGUCAGUGCUCUCCACUAAAAAAAUACAUUUUUUAGAUAAGCAUUUGACUCUGUGGGCUGGAUGAUUGAUAGAUUAUAAAUCCGACCAAAGCCGCAAUCACGCGUUUCGUUACGAGUUAAGAAUGAGCCUUUUUUUUGAGGCAGAUCCAGAGUUCACGUGGUUAUCACCUACGUGGCUGUAAAACAAUCCAUGUAUAACUAUGAGCGUAGCAGAUCUGCAUUUCUAAGUGCCCCUUCAGUAGCGACAUAAUGGCCGAAGACAGGCUGGAGCUCCGAGACAUGGAGAAGAAUUUAAUAAGAGACAGUCGCAAAGCCAAAGAGGGCGGGUCUCCAAGCCGGAUGGAGCGGAUGAUCCAGCCGUGCGCGGCCGAGCUUCUGGGGACCAUGUUCUUCGUGUUCAUCGGCUGCGUCUCGGUGAUCGAGGACGUGGAGUCGGCGGGGAGGCUGCAGCCUGCGCUGGUGCACGGCCUGGCCAUCGUGGUUUUGGUGGCGUGUAUGGCAGAGAUCAGUGGGUCCCAUUUCAACCCAGCGUUUACUAUCCCCAUCUACCUGUGUGGGGGUAUGGAGCUCGUCAUGGUUGGACCGUACAUCAUCAGCCAGCUGGUGGGGGGCGUUAUCGGAGCCGCCAUGUCUAAGGUGAUGACGACCAAAGCCAAGUACGAGGAAGCCACUGGCGCUGCCUUCACCGUCCUGAGGUCCGAGGAGCAGGUGGCCAGGGCCCUGUUUGCUGAGGGAGCCAUGACCAGCCUCAUUGCCCUGGUGGUGCUACUAGGAGCGGUGAACCACAAGAGCCGCACCCCCCUGGUGCCGUUUAUGGCUGGGGGCACUGUCGUCAUCAACAUCCUGGCAGGGGGGAACGUGUCUGGGACAUGUCUGAACCCAGCCAGGGCUCUGGGUCCUGCUCUCAUGACUAACUACUGGUCCUACCACUGGGUGUACUGGGUGGGCCCUAUUUUAGGAGGCCUGGUGGCAGCUGCAUUGGUGAGGUUUCUGCUCGGAGACAACAAAACUCGACUUAUCCUGAAAUGACACUUUCAACGAUGACGGAAGAUCUUAUUAUAAACAUCAUAUGAAGACGUCAGUUUUGGGUCGUAAGAUUAUGUGCGAUUUUGUUAUGCUCCUGCUUAAGAGAGAAAUGUGCUUAGGCAUACUUUGAGCACUAAAUGUGAAAAAGAUAAAUAUUAUUGCGACUAUAGAAACACUCUUACUGCAGUUUUAGCAAAACGAAACGUGCGCCAACGUUUUAGCGGCUGCAGUUUCACCGAGAUAUUGUGUUUAAAUAAAUAUUCCAGCAGGUGGCGCUAUGUCACAAGCUAAAACAUAUCCCGCGGUCUCAAACCAACAAAUCCCG